AAGUUUUCAGUUGAGUAGUAAAACGCGGUUGCGCAAGUCGGAAAGUGAGCUCUAGUGCGUAUGAAAAACAAGAGAUUAGUUCUGUGUCAAAAAAAAUGAAGCUUUCGAUAGUUCUGUACCUUGGAACGGUACUGUUGGUGACUGCAGCAGCCGCUCCGCAGAAAAGGAAUCCAAUCGAUUUUUUACUAGAUUAUAAUCAGGACGUUUUGAUCAACGAUACGGAGGUUCCGGCUUCUGUGAAACCGCUCACGUUGGCACAAGUUUCUUCGGGAACAGAAGACUCUUGGAGAAACCAACAGCAGCAAUCACUACAAGAAGAAAUAGCGGAUGUUCAAGAGACACAAGAUGAUUCUAGAUCAAAUGAGAAACAGUCACCUGAAGAUCAAGAAGAUUCCGAGGAAGCUAAUAAUAGUGAUGACCAAAAUCAAGCCAGUAAUGAUAGCCAGAAAAAUCAGGAUCAAGAGGAAAAUAAAAGUGAUACAAAUGAGCAGCAAUCGAAGGAAGACACUACCAUUCGAGUGUAUGAUGACGAUGAGGAAGAUACUCAGCUGAAAGAAGAGACGCAAGAUGUAAAUGCACCUAAUAAUUCAAACCAAAAUAACCAAACCCAAACACAACGCGUUUUAUCCCAUGAGGACCGUGCAGCAGUGAAUAACGCAAAGGACUUGGAAUCUCAAUCUAUUUCUAGUGAAGAAAGUGUGCCACUAUCAAAUGACUUCUAUCCUGAGCGCGCAAUUGCGCACAAUACUCAGGAUGUUCAAAUUCAACCAGAUCAACUUUUCAAUCAUGGAUCGUUGGUCUUUGAAAAGGGUUCCUUUGUGAGUCAGAAACCAGAAUUUAUAGCUACCACGCCAUUCAACGUGAAAAGUUGGGAAGGACAGCAUAGAACCGAUCCGGAAAGCUGGCAUCCAAAAUAUGAUUUUCUAGAUAACGAACAGGGAGAUCGUUUUACGGGACCACCGCCAACGUGGACUCACUGGAAUCACAAUCAUCAACAAAAUAAGCACGACCAUCCUGGUUUUAGGCACAAUCAUGAUCAUGAUCACGAUGAGGCCGAAUUUCACAAUCACGGGUUUCACCGAGGUGGGCCAUGGAAAUGGCACUAGCAUAAUCUUUUUCGAGCUACACAAAACCCACUGAUCAAGAAUCGUACAGAUCAAGAAUGGAAUACUCUGCUACAACUAACACUAGAUUUUAGUUUAAUAUUUUGCCAAAAUUGUCAUUCCCAGGUAUAGUCGCGUCAGCUGUUAAAAAAUAUUUAUUGCAUUUCAUUGGAUAGGUAAUACAUACAAACAACCGGUUUAAUUGCAAGCCGGAAGGCUCAAUAAAACGCCGCACACUGUUUAUUUGUUAUA